AUGGUACAGUGCGAUGUCUGUGAUGGUUGGCAUCAUUUCGAUUGCGUGGGUGUCGACGAUCGAGUUGAGGAUAGAUCGUGGCGGUGUUUGAAGUGUGUUACGGUUGUGAGGAAACGAGUAUCCAAGCGAUCGAAGGCGGAGAAAGUGGACAAAAAGGCUUCAACUUCCGUGAAGGGAGAUACAGCGGUAGAUGGAUUCACGAAGAAACAAUCAGAUUCCGUGAAACAGUGCAAACAACAGGAGGAGAGUAAUCAACAGCCUAAGUCUCCAGAGUCGAUAUCAGUGAUGUCGUAUACGUCAAGAAAAUCUACUAGACUUCAACUAGAGUUACAGCUGCGUAAGCUAGAUGCAGAGAAGUCGCUACUGGAAGAGAAAAAGAAGCUGAUUGACAAAAAAUACAGCGUUCUACAAGAGUUAGCGGAACUUGAAGAUGAAGAUGGUAAAACCGGCUCAGUAGAUGGUGUUUCCAAGGUGGAGGAUUGGCUACGCGACGGAGUAGAUAAUAAUACAGACGAGACGGCGGAUUCAAACGAAGACUAUCUUGGGACUGAUAUGGAAAAAGAUACCGACGAGAAAGAGCCACAAGAUCCACCAUCCAGUGACAAGGAUUUUGAUCCAACGCAACGUUCGACUCCUAAAACUGUCCCACGAAUGCAGGAGAAGAAAAUUGGUACCCGUGGUAAUCAGCUGAAUUUCAGCCUGACUCGAAACCAGCUCGCGGCCCGCCAAGUUGUUGCCAGAGAUCUGCCCAUAUUCUCCGGGAAUCCAGAAGAGUGGCCAAUUUUCUUUUCCACUUUUGAGAGUACAACGCAAAUGUGCGGGUACACCAACGAUGAGAAUAUGAUUCGUCUAAGAAGUUGUCUAAAGGGAGAUGCAUUCGCCGCAGUAAAGAGCUUUCUACUUCAUCCGUCGACAGUGAAUAGAGCAAUGGGUGCACUUAAAUUGAGAUUUGGCCAGCCAAGGUUUGUGGUUCAGUCGUUAAAGGAGAAAAUUUUGGCAAUGCCUCCGGUAAAACCGGACACACUGAAUAAAAUGAUUGAUUUUGCUCUGUCGGUACAAAACCUUGAAGCUACAAUCGAUGCGUGUGGCCAAAACGAGCUUAAGCGAGAUUCAUCCUUGAUAAACGACCUGAUUGGCAAACUUCCAGUCACGAUGAAGCUAGAAUGGGCCAGACAUACUAGAUGCUUGCGAAAAAUUACGUUAGCAGGUUUCAGUAAAUGGAUUUAUGACAUGGCUGAGGAUGCUUGUUUGGUAGCUGAACCAGUUAGGAAUCAGGAAACCACCCAAUAUCACGAUUCUCGCAAAAAGCCAAAAGCUUUCUUGAAUGCCCAUAUCGACCAGCAGAAUUGGAAGAAAGAAGGCCAACAAGCAUCCGGUGCUUCCAAGCAAAAAACGCCUGUGUACCAGUGUAUGGUAUGCAAAGGGAUUUGCGCUUCAUUCGCAAAGUGUAAAAGGUUUCUGGAUUUGUCAUAUGACGGAAGAUGGGCAGCCAUCCGAGAGGCUAGAGUCUGUCGUAAAUGUUUGAAGCAGCACAACGGAGGAUGUGAAUCAAAGGAAUGUGGAGUAAAUGGAUGUACCUACAAGCAUCAUCCCUUGCUACACAAAGCGCUGAAUGCAGAUACGUCACCGAUUAGUAAGCCGAAGAGUGAAGAGCAGUCGUGUAACACCCAUCAGUCUUGUUCAAGCUCUAUUUUGUUCCGGUACAUUCCGGUCGUGAUUUACGGUAAUGGAACUGUGAUGCAUUGCUAUGCCUUUCUGGACGAUGGAUCCUCGAAGACCUUUAUGGAUGAGGAGCUGGCGAAGGAGUUAAAUCUCUCUGGUGAACGCCGCCCAUUAUGCCUCAAAUGGACCGGAGGCAUGCACCGUUCGGAAGAUGAUUCACACAGCGUUAAAUUCCAAAUCUCUGGUUUGAGAGGAAAACGAUUCCUUUUUGAGGACGUUCGGACAGUGAAAGAACUUCAAUUGCCGUAUCAAACGCUCAACCUGGAACAGUUACAGACGGAAUACAAUUAUUUGAAAAGAGUUCCAGUGCAAUCUUAUCGAGAUGUUCGGCCACGUCUUCUAAUAGGUGUUCAACACGCGAAUGCUACACUUGUACGGAAAAGUCGUGAAGGCAAACCAGGUGAUCCGAUAGCUGUUAAAACUAAUCUCGGAUGGACAAUCUACGGAGGGGCUCCAAGUGAUCAGCCUAUGAACAUGGUUCACUAUACGUAUCAUGUUUCCUGCUGUGAAAAUGAGACCGAACAGAUUACUGACAUGGAUAUGAACCAUGCCAUGAAGGAGUAUUUCUCAUUGGAAAGUCUUGGCAUCAUGUCACCGUCUAAGCAGGUUCGUUCCCUCGAAGAUGAUCGUGCGUUAAGCCUCUUACGAGAGCGCACUCAUUUCAACGGAGACAGGUAUGAAACAGGACUGCUCUGGAAGCACGAUAAUGUGAGAUUACCUGACAAUAAAGCAAUGGCGCAAAAACGUUUCAACCAUCUUGAACGGCGAUUGGCCAAGGAUCCUGAUCUGGCACGGUUAGUUAAAGAGAAACUUAUAGACUACAUUGCUAAAGGCUAUGUACGUAAGUUGACCACCGACGAACUGGCAGAAACUCACGAACGCACCUGGUAUUUACCGUUCUUUCCGGUAACAAACCCGAAUAAGCCGGGGAAGAUCAGACUCGUCUGGGAUGCAGCAGCUACGCCAUGUGAAAUAUCGCUGAAUUCUGCUUUGCUCACUGGUCCAGAUCUGCUUACACCGUUGGUACACGUUCUCUACAAUUUUCGAGCGAGACGCUUCGCGAUAUGUGGAGACAUACGCGAAAUGUUCCACCAGGUAGCUAUGAGCAAAGAAGAUCAACAUAGCCAGCGUUUUUUCCUGCGGGAUGAAGUGGAACCUGAGGAACCCAGUACGUUCGUUAUGCAGGUUAUGACCUUCGGUGCUUCCUGUUCUCCAGCAACCGCGCAAUUCGUAAAAAACAUGAAUGCAGAACGAUUUUAUAAUCAGUAUCCUGCUGCUGCGAGAGCAAUCAUACGUUGCACGUACGUCGACGAUAUGCUGAGUAGUAGUGAAACGGAACAGGAAGCAAUCGAGCUGGCAAGGUCUGUCUGGUUUGUUCACAAAAGCGGUGGAUUUGAAAUUCGGAAUUGGAUGUCUAACUCGCCAGCAGUUCUAAAUGCACUUUGUGGCGAUCAAGCUACUGAGAAAAGCCUCGAGCUAUCGUCAGCCUUAGCGACUGAGAAAGUGCUUGGCAUGUGGUGGUGCACGAAGUCUGACUGUUUCACCUAUAAGUUGAAUUGGACGAGGUUUGGAAAAGAUCUGUUGGGCGGCAAGUGUUUUCCCACGAAGCGCGAAGUACUGCGCAUCAUGAUGUCCAUCUACGAUCCAUUGGGCCUAAUUUCUCAUUACCUCAUGUACCUAAAGGUAUUAUAUCAAGAAAUCUGGCGCACAGGCGUUGGAUGGGACGAGAAGAUUGAUCAAAGGUGCUUUGAUAAAUGGCAGUCGUGGCUGAAACUUCUACCUGACAUCGAGCAUUUGGAAAUACCGCGAUGCUAUAGGCGCAAAAUAUCAAUAGAUAAACAAACAGCAAUACAACUACACACCUUCGUUGAUGCCAGCGAAAAUGGCAUGGCAGCCGUGGCGUAUCUACGUUUCGAGAAUACCGACACAGUGGAAUGUUCGUUAGUUACCGCAAAGACCCGUGUAGCUCCACUCAAAUAUACCACCAUUCCUAGAUUGGAGCUGCAAGCAGCGCUCAUUGGUGCCAGAUAA